CGCUACUCGACAUCGCGGCUAAUAUCACCUUUUUGGUUAUUACUCGGUUUCCUUGUUAUAUCUGCUAUCUACUCAACCAUUUGCUGUGUGCAUGUUCGGUGCCUUCUCCCAACAAACAUUUGUCCGUCUCCUCUCACCCUCGACCUCGACCUUCACGCUUCGUUCUCUACCUCCUCUUUCUCGCGCAUACCAAUUCACCCGCAACAUGUCUGCCACUACCUCGGGUCCCGGUGCUGCUGCUGCCGCUGCUGUCGACAUGAUUGAGCAGGCCAAGCGCAAGGCCGCCUACCGUGCUGUUGCCGACCACUUCAACUCCGAGAUGCAGUUUGUCGGCAUUGGCUCUGGAAGCACCAUCAUCUACGGUGUCGAGGCUAUCAAAGACGCCCUGGCCAAGAACCCUCCCAAGAAUGGCCGCUACAUGUUCUUCAUCCCUACCGGUUUCCAGUCGAGAAAGGUCAUUGAGCAGGCUGGUCUGAUGCCCAUGGCCUUUGACAGUUUGCCCGAGAAUGUCAUGCUGGAUGUUGCCUUUGACGGUGCCGAUGAGGUCGACGACGACUUGAACUGCAUCAAGGGUGGUGGUGCUUGCUUGUUUCAGGAGAAGCUGGUCGCGACUCGCGCAAAGAAGUUUGUCUGCAUUGCUGACUACCGCAAGAACCAAACUCGCUUGAUCUCAAAGUGGCCCUCAAUACCCAUCGAGGUUGCUCCCAUCGCUCACGCUACAGUCAUGCGCCAACUCAAACUCAUCGGCUCCAUCGACCCUGUACUCCGUGAACACACUCUCGCAAAGACUGGUCCCGUCCAAACCGACCAAGGCUUCUACAUCAUCGACGCUCCCUUCAAGCCUCUUCUCACCCAAGACGACAUCAAGAACGGCAAGGAUGGCUCUGGCAAGGACGGUCAGUGGGAGGUUACUGAGCUCGCACACAAGAUCAAGUCCAUCUCAGGUGUUCUCGAGGUUGGUCUCUUCUUCGGUCCCAAUGGCUACGAGGUCCAGGCUGCCGGCGGCCAGGGCGGUCAGAAGCCUGUCGCUGCCUACUUUGGUAAUGAGGACGGUACUGUUGGUGUCAAGGAGGCUCAACCUCCCAAAUAAGUUGGUGCUGCCCUCGCCUUUUCUGUUUGCGUUCUUUCAUGUCAUAUGUGCUCAUGUUCAUGCCAAAAGAUACCAAAGUACAUCUGUAGUACCCAUUCUGGUCACUGCUUUCCUUUCUUCCCUUGCCAACUGU